GGGAAAGUGAAGGCUAUGUCAGAGUCACACUUCCAAUGCAGACUGAAGAUUAAACAGCAGCAACUGUAGAAACCUCCAGAAAGAUGGAGCUUCAGAAGUUCCUUCCCUGGCGCCGUGCUCUUUUGGCUGUGUUUCUGAACCUGCUGGCCCUUGGCCUUUCUACCACAUCCUUACUGGGCAGUUAUUGGUGCGUUGGGACUCAGAAAGUUCCCAAGCCUUUAUGUGAGAAGACAAAGAGCACCAACUGCAUCGGUGUCCCCAUGCCUCCUGAAGGUUUCAUUGGCAAUUCAUCAUUUCUGGCUCAAGAUGUGGUGCACUAUAGCUGGGAGACAGGAGAUGAUCGUUUUACUUUCCAGUACUUUCACACAGGGAUGUGGCUUUCCUGCGAGGAGAACAUAGAAGGCCCAGAUGAGACAUGCCGCAGCUUCAUUGAACUUUGCCCUCCAGUAGAAAGAGGCAUCCUCUGGUUGUCCCUUGGCUCAGAGAUAGUGUACAUAUGCUUACUGGUGAUUAGCUUCAUCCUCCUCCUGCUGGACAUGUUGUACACAGGAAAUCCAGUAUGUGGCCUGAAACUCAAUGCCUUUGCUGCCGUCUCCUCUGUAUUGUCAGGCCUCCUUGGAAUGGUGGCUCAUAUGAUGUACAGUCAAGUUUUCCAGGCAACUGUUAGCCUGGGACCAGAAGACUGGAGACCUCACAACUGGGACUAUGGUUGGGCUUUCUAUAUGGCCUGGGCUUCAUUUACUUGUUGCAUGGCUUCUGCAGUCACAACUCUGAACACAUAUACCAAGACAGUGCUGGCAUUCAAGCGCAACCAUGAACUAGCCUGUGAUGGGAGCUUCACAAUAGACCAGGCCCAACACUGCCAAUACUUCUUGCCACCUCAGUACCAUCAUCACCACAGAGAACAAACCAGUGGCUUCUACCCACACCGAGAAAAACCUCUCCACUCUAUCUCUGAGGGUGUUGAUUUUUACUCUGAGCUGCAGCAGAAGGUGCUACAGAGGGAGCCUGACCUGGAACUGAAUGAGGUCUUGGGAAAGUCAGUUGGAGAAGAUCCAUGUUAGGGCUGACAGAAAUGUUUAGCAAGGCAGUAAAAACGAAAAUGACCUCUAAACAAAAACAUUAGCCAUAUGUGAGCAUCUGGCUUCUAUUCACUCAGCCAGGGAACUGGAACUGGUGGCAAGUAGUCACUGUCAUUGAUGUACCUGGCCAUAAGAACAUAGGAAGCUGGCUUAUACUUUGCAAAUAACAAGAAGCCAGGAUUCCCAACUUAUCUUAAUCUACUGUAAGAAUGAGGCAACUAGCUUCAUUCUUUGCUUCAUUCAAAUGGGCAAAACAAACAAAUGAAACGAAACUGAGCUUCAGCAGACAUCCAAACUUGGCCUUCUGGUUUAUUGUUCCCAGGGAAGCCAGGAUUUCUAAGCUAACAAGAGGUUGUAAUUUGUUCCUGGUUUAUGAACCUGACAUGUUUGGGGACAACAAAACAAGACCCCAGCUGUAACUAUCACACAAAUCUUUCUCUACAGUUUGUUUAGUCAGCUUGUCUGAAGUAGGAAUGAACAAGCUGUGUGCACCAGUAAACCAAGACAAGUCAAUCAUUCUGGUUUAUUGUUAUCUGCAGAUGCAGCCACCAAGUCAUAUUACUGGUCUGUCUAGUUCAAUAUUAUCCACAUAGACUGGUAGCAUCUCUCCAAAGGGAGCUUUCCUGCCAUUAUGAACAGCAGGUGGGAUAUACCCAAUUUAGUUUGGUACUGUAACAAGAGCAAAUAUGCCUCCCCUCCCAUAUGUCAUGGUCCCAAUCCUAUCUAUCCCCAUCCAGUGUUGGCUAUUCAAUUUUAAUAUAUAUCAGACAACAAGGGCUAAAGGUGUUUGGUUUGACCCUGCAAUAUAGCUCCAACCCAUACCUACUGCAUAGAAGAAACUGGUAGAUAGGAAAACGGAGAAGUCACCCCAAGCAGAUGCAAAGAAGACUAUAAUAUGCACAGUAAAUGAAUGAAUCAGAGUUGCACUUCAUUUUCCUUCUUUAGAGAAAUAUACUGGAUGGGAGAGGGGAAGGGAGAUUACAUCUGGAUGCCAGAGGAAUUCAAAUAGGCGUUUCUGCCUUAGAUUUGGAAAGGUCCACUCUGACUAGUUUGAUUUGUUCAGACAUCAAUGAGUUCAGAAUAAAUCAUGCAUGUUUAAUAAAA